AUGGAAUCCGACGCCCAUUUUGGGUUCGCCUUCAACAACGUUCAAUUCUCCGAUCGCAUUCUUCGGAUCGAGAUCACUCGUGGCGGCGAGGAUAGUUGUUCGAGUAUCGUCGAUAGGGUUCGAGAUCGCAAACGCAGGAGAGAAGAUUCCAAGAAUCAGACUCAUGAGUUGGAUCUUGCUACAUGUCAAGUGGAGCCUGACUUGAACAAGAAGUCAUGUGAAAGGAAUGGUGAGAAUACAAGCAGCAAUCAUGAAGAAGCAAUGGUAGCAACUAACCAAGAAUCAGAAUCAGGUGGUGAAGAUGAGAUUGAUCAGCAUAAUCCUUCAGUUCUGAGAGUUAUAGAAUUACAUAUAAGCUCUCCGAUAUUGGCAGCCAGUAGCCCCUUUUUCUACAAGCUAUUCAGUAAUGGAAUGGUUGAGUCGGAGCAAAAACUUCUGACCUUGAAAAUAGAUGCUUCUGAGGAAGCUUCUCUAAUGGAGCUACUGAAUUUCAUGUAUAGAAACUCAUUAUCAGUCACGGAGGUCCCUGCUUUGCUCGAUGUUCUCAUUAUCGCUGACAAGUUUGGGGUUGAUUCGUGUAUGAAGUAUUGCAGCCGUUUGUUGCUAAAUAUGCCUAUGACAAUAGACUCUGCAUUGCUUCUUCUUCAUCUUCCUCAGAAUGUGCGCAGGAAUGAUUUCGUAAAGCCUUUGACACAUGCCGCAGUGCAAUUCCUCAUCUCGCACUACAAGGACAUAUCCAAGAUUUCCCCGGAGGAGUGGAUGGCUUUACCGUUAGUAGCUAUGAUGACCAUACUGGCGAGUUCUAGUCUAAUGGUUUCGUCUGAAGACAAUUUAUACGAACUUGUCUUGAGAUGGGCAAAAUCAAAUUACUCUGUUCUAGAAGAACGCCAAGCUAUCCUCGCUUCUCAUCUCGCUCCCUUCAUCCGAUUCCCUCAAAUGACAUGUCGCAGACUCAAGCAAAUCUUGACCUCAGACGACUUCAAACCUUCUUUCGCAUCGAAACUAGUCCUUGACGCUCUCUACUUCAAAGCAGAAUCAGUGACCCUUCGACGCCAGUUUGCCACUGCACAACCAUCUCCAUAUAAGCGAUGGUUUUUUGAACGAGCCUACAGAUUCAGACCCAUCAAAGUUGUGGAGUUCGAGGUUCCUCGCCGUCAAUGCAUCGUCUUCUUAGACUUGAAACAAAACGAAUGUGCGGAUCUUUAUCCAUCAAGUCGGAUUCUUUCUCAACGGUUUCCACUAGGAGGACAAGAGUUCCAUCUCUCAGCUGAUUGCAACAUGGACCAGCUGAAUCUGUCUCACCGUUUUGGAUUGUAUAUUUGGAUGCAUGGGUCGAUGAGUCUGACUGUGGACUACGAGUUUUCAGCGAGGUCGAAGCCAACAGAGGACUUUGCCGUAAAAUGCAGAGGAAAGUAUACGUUCACCGGAGGCAAAGCUAUUGGUUUCAGGGACAUGUUUGCGACACCAUGGGAUAGUUUCAUUGCUGAAGAUUCUCCCUACUUCAUCAAUGACGUUCUUCAUCUCCGAGCCGAGCUCUCCAUUCGUAACAGCUCUUGA